AUGAGCUCCAACGACGAGAUGGAUGUCGACCCCAGGAUGGACAUCGAGGACGACAUAGAUAUCGAAGACGACAUGGACCAGGACUUCGACGUCUUGCUCGCCGAACUCCAUGAGCGGGAGUUGGACGACGAGGCUGGACCAUGUGAUGUACCAGAGGACGAGGUCCAUCGUCAGUCCAAGCUGACAUGGCGUCGGUUCAAAGAGUUUUUCGAGGAACAACGAAACUGCGGUCUGCUCAACCUCAUGCCAGGCUGUCCCAAGGCACAUACAGACUAUCUCGACAAAAACUUUGCUCAACUCGACUACGGCACGUGUGCCGCCUUCAUGCUCUGGAUGGCAGGCAGCACUGCGUCCAGUAUCGAGAAUCCGGGCCCUAGCAUUGUCACCCUCACGGGAUACUGGUUCUAUUUCAAGCAGCACUACUUUGCAAAGCGCGGUGGCCAGUUGAUUCCGAAGGACAUUUGCCUCCUCGAUUCCUUUCUAGAGGAAGGGAUCCUGUCAGAUAUUCGCCGCGUCCGCACAAUUGCAACGCCUGCGGGCAUCAGGUCUAUCGCUUUUUCUGCCUGGCAGCCUGAGUGGUCUCCUAACGUCCUACAACGUCGGUGGCAGUUCAUCUUCUGGCAAGCCGUAAUGCUUCAAGGCAACACCCGUGUCAGGAGCAUUGUCGGUGACAACAAGGAGCAGGUGGCGGCAUACGGCCACUUCAAGUUGCUGUUCGGACGUGUCAACGAUGACGACUCUGCGCCAGAGUAUCAAGUUGGUCUUCUCAUGCAGCCGAUCAACAGCAAGACCGCCACAGCCAAGGGCACAUUCCAUCUCCUCAACUCAACUGCCGAGCGCUGGCGGUGCCCAGUCACGUCAUUCCUGGUUCUAGCCAGUCUAGACGAUGCUCUUCCGGAGAACCUUGACCUCGGCAUGUUUGACAACAUUGGUCAGAUCCUCAAUGGGGAGGAGAUCAAGAUUCUAAGCUGUCGCAAACCGGACAUGCCAGUGUUCCGCGGAGAGAAUGCCAAGCGGGGCAUGUAUAACAACGCGUGGAAUAGCAAGGGUCUUGGGGUCCUGCUCAAGAAUCUUUGUGAGCUCGCGGAGUUUGAAGCGCACCUUCAGCCCAGUUCAUAUCGAACGAUAGGGCUUCAGUACAUGGCAAUCAGCGGCGUGGAACUUGAGAAGUUGCAGAUCAAGGCCGAUCAUGUGUUCAACUCGACCGUUACAGACAUCUAUCUGAGGCAAUUGCCCCCGGUAGAUAUUAAGGCAUUGGUCUGGGGCCAGAAGGACCGCUUGAUGGAGGCUUACGAACUCCAUCCUCACGCGACUCGUCCAGGGCUCGGUCCAGCUCGGGCAUCAACAGUCACUGGGGUUGUGCCUUCCUCGCUCGUGAACCCCGAGACUGAGGUCGAGUACCUAGACAUCAUGCAGAACAUCCUCUUCGGAGCCAGCAAACUCGACGGUGCCACCCUGAAGCAGUGUGCGGUUCCCCUGCCGCAGCUCAACUCUCUUUCCAGCUUCAUGCCCGCUGGCGGUGUCGGCAAGAACGAUACGUGCGCUACCUGCGGCCGGGUCCUCGAGGGAUGUCCUUCCGACAUUCUCGAACACGUCCUUCCUUGCGCCCGAGCUGAGGUAAAGAAGGAGGUGCGAGCUGGCCUCCUUGGAAAGUACCCCGUCUUUCCCUCCCUCGACAUGCACCCAUCCCUCACAUUUACCGACUCGGUCACUGACAAGAAAUCCAAGCCUCACCCGACUAGCAUCGGACGUGGGUCGCUCAACCCGCGGUUGGUGUGGAACGACAACCAAGGAGAAUGGACGUUCGACUUGUCGUCCUUGAAACUCGCGCUCUACACUCAGCUCUCCAAAUACGGCAAGUUUACGUGCAAAUGUGGGCAUCGAUCGCUUUGCAUCUCAAUGGCAGUCCAGCACCAGCUAUCGCAUGGGCUGUGGGUAGCAGAUCUUCCUAAAGCCCUCAGCAACAAGAAAUUCCGCCUUCCAUGCGAACCGAGGUACUUCUGGGAACUCGGACGCUGGGUGUCGGACCCGCGAGAGCUCGAGAUCGUAUGCGAGCGUCUCUUCAACGAGCGCUUCGUCAACCUCCCUCAAGACUACCGAUACCGGGUUCGUUAUGACAUGUGUCUCGGCGACGUCGAAGCGGCGGCACUCGAGCCUGACCUCCAGCCAGGUUACACAGACUACAGUUAUGACGGCCGUAUCUGCCGGUCGACCAUCCUGCACGACAGGGUUUGCUUUUGCUGUGUCCACUCCACGGCUGAAGCGUUCCACGUCCGUAUGGCUUUCCCAGCUGCCAAGCAUCACCAAGCACUUCAUCUGUGUCGAGAGUUUCUACGAGCCAAGGACGAGGAGGAGGGUAUCUUCGUCCGCCGGGGCCAGCUCAUCUGCCCCGACCUUGUCUGUUCUCGCCACCACCGCACGUUUGACAACCUUCUGUACCUUGUGUGGCAUCUCGCAGCCGUUCACCGCCUUCAGCUGCAUAAGACCCUAGCCAACCGCACAACACCCAUGAGCGAGCUUACCGUCGCAGACGCGUCCGAGCUCAUAAUAUUCCUCGCGGCUUGUGCGCCUAAUGCUCUCAGCACGACCCUCGAAAAGGCAGCCGCCACACCUUUGGACGAGCUCGAUUGGACGUACGCGCUAGAGAACGUCGACUUUAUUCGUUCUCUCGAGAACGCAGACUUUAGAAGCACGCUCGCCAACGUCGACUUUGCCGGCGUUUUCAACGAUGUGGAUUUUAGCUUCUCAUGA